AUGGACUUUCUCCCAGGUAACACCGCAAACGCAACCAACAUCUCCUACAACUACCCCAUGAACAUCCCCAUCAACACCACCAACAUCACCACACCAAUCUCUCCAAAUAUCAAUAAUACUAACCUCCCACCCACAGACUCCCUCCUCUCUCUAAUCCAACAACAUCCAACUUUUCAAACCCUCACCUCCACUCCCAUCGCCUCCCACCUCGCCUCCCUCCACACAACCUACCUGACCCCCUACAUCUCCCACUGCCGCACCGCCUACCUCGACCCCUACCUCAUCCACCCGCUCGCCUCGCUCCUCACCUCCUCCAUGCCCAUGCCCGACCUCGUCUCCAUCUUCAUCCUCGCCCUCGUCCUCAUCAUCUCCCUCAAGAUCCUCGACUAUGCUCGCCGUCUCGUCAUGUUCUGGGUCAAUCUGGCCCUGAGGUUGUUGUGGUGGGCGCUUGUGCUGGCUGCCUUGUGGUAUGUGUACUCGGUGGGGAUUGAGAAAACGGGCAGGGACUUGGGGUGGAUGGUUGGGCUUGUCGGUGGGUUUGUCGAUGGGUUCAGGGAUGGUGUUGAGGGCGGGAGGGCUGUUACGGGGUCUGGCUCUGGGAUGGGGUCCGGGGGAUACUUGGUUGAGUUGGGAAACUGGUAA